AUCGAAUUGUCGAUUGCGCCUCGGUAUGCGCGGAGCUUGGCUGGUCCCUUGGCUGCCUUGGCUUUUUUGCUGCAGAUUCCACAAACAUAGGCCCCGUCGAAAUCGGCAGGGGUGCGGAGUUCGGAGAGCAGAAGAAAAUCAGAAGAAAAAGCCACGGAAUGUGCUAUGAACUAUUGGCAAUUACUAUUGCUGAGAUCUUGGCAUACAUAGAUCCUGUCAUACUCAAACGGGAGAUCAGCCGUAGCGCCAAGUGGGAGAGGAGGGGCAAGGUGAGCGACAGGGACUACGGGACACCACUACAGUACGAGCAGCGAGUAGGUACGCCAGGGCCAGGUUCUUCGCGGUCAAUCGGAAAGAGACACCGAUGAGGCAUCGGAAUCUGCCAAAAGAUCCAGGAACGAGAAUCACCGCCAUCGGAAGAGAGGAGAUCCUUUCCUCUAGAGAAUGAGCACGCAUGACCCGACACGGAUUUCGCGGCACCGCCUGCCAGGAGAGGGAAGAACUUCCCCACGAAAACACCUGGGGGGCUGGAGGGACUGACAAGAUGUGAACAGCAGCGUGAAUCAUUGUCCCGUUUUCGUCCCUCCUUGUGGUUCAUGAGUCAAACGCAAUUGAUCGGAGAAGUCGCCUCAGUCCCCCCAGAGGAUUUCGGAAUGACUUUCCCCGAGGUGAAGGGGGUCGCCCAGUGGUACCUUGGGCCAAGCGUAGGCGCAAAGGGAAGAAAUGGGCAGCGCAAGCCUCGUGAUUGGACCCCGGGUGGAUUCGUCAGAUCGAGAGUUCUCCGAGUCUCCCCCGGACCACUUCAGGUUUCCCGUCAAUAUCCGUCGCCCAGCGAGGACCACAGGGAGGGGGAAGCGGGCGAGUAGGCGAUCUGGAAACGCGCUAGGGCUGGAUCUUCUGACAGCACAAGAAUAAUAAUAAAUCUGGGGAGGUUUGAACCAAGUCCGAGGACCCGAGGUUGCGGACGGGCCUAAUCCACCCGAUAUGGACGAUGAGAACCUUGAAGGGGGGGAGAGAAGAAUAAUGGAAUAAUGGCGAAUCGUUGGUUAUCGCGCGGGUCGAGGAUGAUCUCAUCGGAGGAUCUCGUUUGCCGAGCUCGCGCAGGUAGCCGUGAGGAUUGAAAAGAGUAAUCGCAUUAUAUAAAAUUACCAAAAGAAAAAAAAAAAGGGACAUAAAAAUGCCCCGCCCCGCCGGAGGAACAUACAAGAAAUCGAAAAAAAAAGCAAAGCAAAGCAAAUAGAAUCCAGUAAGACGAAUUGCUGGAGAUAGUUGUGCCCGGUGUACCGGUGAACCUCUUGGAGAAGUCGUGACUAUUGAAGGGUUGACCGAAGAGGGAUCGCCCAGAACAAACGUGACGCCAGAUUGCGCAGGCGGUAAGUGGGAUUUCUGUUUGUUACCUCAUCGAUGGAGUCAACCCCGGGAAAUGGCUGGAACUCAACGCGGGUCUCGGUCACUUCCAGCUCUGGGCCCGUGACUCUCGCCCUUUUAUCUGCCCCUCCCCUCCUCCUACAUUUAACCUUUCCUCGGCCUCCCUCACUUUCCCUUUUUUUUUUUUUUAUUUGAACUUCCUCCCUCCCUUCUCCUUCCAUCUUCUUCUCUGGUCUGGGAGUUUUGUCAUUUUUCCUGACCCUUGACCCAGUGCGAAACCGAAUUGCACUGCGUUCUGCCGAAAUCGGCUUUGGGGUUCUAUCCAGAGCUUCUUCCUCCUCCCCCAGCUAUUUGAGACCCCUUCUUGUGUAAUCACCUAUUCAACCCUCUUCUCACUCUCAUCCCUACACACAUCAUGGCUGCCCCGCACCGCCAGCCGGAGGAGGCUAUCGAUGACUCCGAGUUCAUCGAGGACCACCAGGAGCACCACCAGGACUCGGUGCACCGUCGUCUACGUGCCAACUCCACCAUCAUGCACUUCCAAAAGAUCCUGGUGGCCAACCGUGGUGAAAUCCCCAUCCGUAUCUUCCGUACCGCCCACGAGCUGUCCCUGCAGACCGUUGCCGUCUUCUCCCAUGAGGACCGCCUGGGUAUGCACCGUCAAAAGGCCGACGAGGCUUACAUGAUCGGUAAGCGGGGUCAGUACACCCCCGUGGGUGCCUACCUCGCCGGUGAUGAGAUCAUCAAGAUCGCCGUGGAGCACGGCGUGCACCUGAUCCACCCUGGCUACGGCUUCUUGUCAGAGAACGCCGAGUUUGCCCGCAAUGUCGAAAAGGCCGGCAUUGUUUUCGUCGGUCCCACCCCGGACACCAUUGAUGCCCUCGGUGACAAGGUCUCUGCCCGUCGUCUAGCCAUCAAGUGCGGUGUCCCCGUCGUCCCCGGUACCGAGGACCCCGUCGAGCGCUACGAGGACGUCAAGUCUUUCACCGACGCCUAUGGCUUCCCCAUCAUCAUCAAGGCCGCCUUCGGUGGUGGUGGCCGUGGUAUGCGUGUCGUCCGCGAACAGGCUGACCUGCGUGACUCCUUCGAGCGUGCCACCUCCGAGGCCAAAUCCGCCUUUGGUAACGGCACCGUCUUCGUCGAGCGCUUCCUCGACAAGCCCAAGCACAUUGAGGUGCAGCUGCUCGGUGAUAACCAGGGCAACGUCGUCCACCUGUUCGAGCGUGACUGCUCCGUCCAGCGUCGUCACCAGAAGGUCGUGGAGAUUGCCCCGGCCAAGGACCUCCCCAUCGAUGUGCGUGACAAGAUUCUGUCCGAUGCCGUGAAGCUCGCCAAGUCUGUCAAGUACCGCAACGCCGGUACUGCCGAGUUCCUGGUGGACCAGCAGAACCGCUACUACUUCAUCGAGAUCAACCCUCGUAUCCAGGUCGAGCACACCAUCACCGAGGAGAUCACCGGUAUCGAUAUCGUCGCUGCCCAAAUUCAGAUCGCCGCCGGCGCCACUCUUGAGCAGCUGGGUCUGACCCAGGACCGCAUCUCUACCCGCGGUUUCGCUAUUCAGUGUCGUAUCACUACCGAGGACCCCGCCAAGGGCUUCUCUCCCGACACCGGUAAGAUCGAGGUCUACCGCUCCGCUGGUGGUAACGGUGUCCGUCUCGACGGUGGUAACGGUUUCGCCGGUGCCGUCAUCACCCCUCACUACGACUCCAUGUUGGUGAAGUGCACGUGCCGUGGCUCGACCUACGAGAUUGCGCGCCGCAAGGUGCUGCGUGCCUUGGUCGAGUUCCGUAUCCGCGGUGUCAAGACCAACAUUCCCUUCCUGGCUUCCCUCCUGAGCCACCCUACCUUCAUCGAUGGCACCUGCUGGACCACUUUCAUCGAUGACACUCCCGAGCUGUUCGCUCUGGUCGGCUCUCAGAACCGUGCCCAGAAGCUGCUCGCGUACCUCGGUGAUGUCGCCGUCAACGGCAGCAGCAUCAAGGGCCAGAUCGGUGAGCCCAAGUUCAAGGGCGAGAUCAUCAAGCCCAUCCUCCGGGACGCCUCUGGCAACCCCCUCGACGUUUCCGUCCCCUACCAGAAGGGUUGGAAGAACAUCCUUGACAGCGAAGGCCCGGUCGCUUUCGCCAAGGCUGUGCGUGCCAACAAGGGCUGCUUGCUCAUGGACACCACCUGGCGUGAUGCCCACCAGUCUCUGCUCGCCACCCGAGUGCGUACCAUCGAUAUGCUCAACAUUGCCCACGAGACCAGCCACGCUCUGCACAACGCCUACAGUAUCGAGUGCUGGGGUGGCGCCACCUUCGACGUCGCCAUGCGCUUCCUCUACGAGGACCCCUGGGACCGUCUGCGCAAGCUCCGCAAGGCCGUUCCCAACAUUCCUUUCCAGAUGCUGCUGCGCGGCGCCAACGGUGUUGCCUACUCCUCCCUUCCCGACAACGCCAUCUACCACUUCUGUAAGCAGGCCAAGAAGUACGGUGUCGACAUCUUCCGUGUCUUCGAUGCCCUCAACGACGUCGACCAGCUCGAGGUCGGUAUCAAGGCUGUCCAGCAGGCCGGCGGUGUGGUCGAGGCUACCAUCUGCUACAGCGGUGACAUGCUGAACCCUACAAAGAAGUACAACCUGCAGUACUACCUUGCUCUCGCUGAGAAGAUUGUCGCCCUCGGCACUCACGUCCUGGGUAUCAAGGAUAUGGCCGGUGUGCUGAAGCCCCAGGCCGCUCGCAUCCUGGUCGGUGCCCUCCGUGAGCGUUACCCCGACCUCCCCAUCCACGUGCACACCCACGACUCUGCCGGUACCGGUGUUGCAUCGAUGAUUGCCUGCGCCCAGGCUGGCGCUGACGUCGUCGAUGCCGCCACCGACUCCCUGUCCGGUAUGACCUCCCAGCCCAGCAUCGGCGCCCUUCUGGCCUCGCUCGCUGGCACCGAGCAGGACCCCCAGCUCGACGUCGGCCAGGUCCGCGCCCUGGACACCUACUGGGCUCAGCUCCGCUUGCUCUACUCGCCCUUCGAGGCCGGUCUCACCGGCCCCGACCCUGAGGUCUACGAGCACGAGAUCCCCGGUGGUCAGCUGACCAACCUGAUCUUCCAGGCCAGCCAGCUGGGUCUGGGUCAGCAGUGGGCCGAGACCAAGAAGGCUUAUGAGGUGGCCAACGACCUGCUCGGCGACAUUGUCAAGGUUACCCCUACCUCCAAGGUUGUCGGUGAUCUGGCUCAGUUCAUAGUCUCCAACAAGCUCUCUGCGGAGGACGUCGUUGAACGCGCUGGUGAGCUGGACUUCCCCGGCUCCGUCCUCGAGUUCCUGGAGGGUCUGAUGGGUCAGCCCUUCGGUGGCUUCCCCGAGCCCCUGCGCUCUCGCGCUCUGCGUAACCGCCGCAAGCUCGACAAGCGUCCCGGUCUGUACCUCGAGCCUCUGGAUCUGGUUGCUAUCAAGAACCAGAUCCGCGAGAAUUUCGGUGCCGCCACCGAGUGCGAUGUUGCCUCGUACGCCAUGUACCCCAAGGUCUUCGAGGACUACCGCAAGUUUGUGCAGAAGUUCGGUGAUCUGUCCGUUCUGCCCACUCGCUACUUCCUGGCCCGCCCCGAGAUUGGCGAGGAGUUCCACGUCGAGCUCGAGAAGGGUAAGGUCCUUAUCCUGAAGCUGCUGGCUAUCGGUCCCUUGUCCGAGCAGACUGGCCAGCGUGAGGUCUUCUACGAGGUCAACGGUGAAGUUCGCCAGGUGUCCGUUGACGACAACAAGGCCUCCGUGGACAACAUCGCUCGUCCCAAGGCCGACGCUUCCGACAGCAGCCAGGUCGGUGCUCCCAUGUCCGGUGUCGUGGUUGAGAUCCGUGUGCACGACGGCCACGAGGUGAAGAAGGGUGACCCUAUUGCGGUGCUGAGCGCCAUGAAGAUGGAAAUGGUCAUCUCCGCUCCUCACAGUGGCAAGGUCUCCGGCCUGCUCGUCAAGGAGGGUGACUCCGUCGACGGCCAGGACCUUAUCUGCCGGAUUACCAAGGCAUAGAGCUUGACCGGUUAGAAAAGUGUGAGAAUCUUUUUGAUGAAUGUUUUCUUUUUGGCUGUGGAUGUUUUCCUUGAAAUCUUCUCUUAUUUUUGGAUCUCUUAUCUCUGAUUGUGUAUAAGAUGUGCACGAUUAACUACACACGCGCAAAGACGUGAUGUGAUGUGAUGUGAACGAUAGCUUCUAGCGUUAAUUGGUUUACUUUUUUGUCCAACUGGAUUUUGUUUGGAUUUGAUUGGAUAUUUUGGUUAUUUCUUAUUGGAAUGAUAAAUGGCUUUUCCAUACUUUAUCCUUUCUGCAUUC